AUGGCCGGACGCCGGGUGCUCGAGGCCAAGACGUCGUCGGACGGUGGCCUUGAAGAGCGCAUCAAGCGCCAGAUCCUCGCGCUCCGGCGGCGCCAGAUCAUCCUCGAGGGCCAGCUCAUGAGUGCCAAAGAGGCCGAGCUUACGGACGCAGCGACAGGCAUCGGCUACAGCACGGACGGGCAGAGCCUCGCGCGGCUCGAGGUCGUCGUCGGCGCGGGCGACAACAUUCGGCUGGAUGCAUAUCCUUCAAUGGCUUUUUCCAUAUUGGGCACAGACAUGGCGUACGUCCAGGCGCGGAUCGUACCGGCGCCGGGUGGCACGCAACGGACGCGGCGACAGCGGCUGCCGACGCCGCAGUGGCACGAGACACUCCAUUUUGACGCGCUCCCGUCGCUUAGCGCAUCCGUGUACAUUGAAGUCAAGCACGCCAUGCGCUUUAGCCCCGACGUCGUGCUCGGGCACAUUGUGCUGCCGUUUGAGGAGCUCCUCGCCCAGCAUCCCGUCGACAAGACGUUUGCCCUCAGCGAGACCAGCCGUCUGCGACUUCAAGCCACACUCACCUACUCCUCUGCGCGCGUUGUCCACGAAGAGCUGACCGAGGUGCGCCAGGACAUGGCAGCGCUCACCACCAAGCUCGCGGCCAUCCAGGCCAUGCCUCCACGACGUCCCCCGUCGGUCGUACAGGCCUAUAUUAGCGCAGCGUACCGGCCAGCGCCCACGUAUUGGCUGACACCGCCCCGCGCAGCAGACGAGAGCAGUCGCAAGCGGACGCAAGACGACGCACCACCCGCCGACGACGCACCACCGAGCAAGAAGCGCAAGACGGCGCUCGUCUCGGACGCCUAUACAUGGUGCACGGACCGGCUUGGGCCGGCGCCUGCCACGACGCUCUACAGCCAACUGACUUCGCGUGUGAAGGCUUUCUUCCGGCUUAAAUAA